AUGGUGCUUCGAUGGGUUGUUAAUGCCGGUCUUUUGGCCAUCCCCAUCGGAGGCACUGUUGGUGCUCUGAUGGGAAUAGAUGCGCACCGACAAGCGACAGGACAGGCGCCUCUAUUCAGCGGCGGCAGCGGCGGUUCAGGCUCGGGCUCGGGCUCGGGCUCGGGCUCUGGUCCUGGUGGCAGCGGUAGCACCACGCAUAAUGGAGUGACCAACACACAGUACUGCCAGGAAUCAUAUGGUAUCACACCUUCAACAGAAGGACAAAGCUUCACAUUAAAUCCCAAUCAAUGGGGUGUGACCAGCGAUACAAUCGGAUCAUUAUGCAUGAACGUCACAACCUUCGAAAACGGGACAUACGCGACCAAGAACACAGCACCCGAGUUCUCUGUCACAUGGCAAUUCGACCCUGGUCCGGAGACACAACCUGUCCACGCCUUCUCGAACGUGAUGGUUGACGAUGGCUUGCCUAUCUCUCUGGAGAAAAUACAGCAUCUGAAUGUCGAUCUCCACUGGACGUACGGAGUAGGCAACACACCCGCUGCGGCGACCAACGAGAACGAACUGAACAGCGAAGCUGUCAAUACGAACGUUGCUAUCGAUAUGUUCUUCAGUAGCGACGCGGGCAGUGCGAAGAAGAGCUCCGAGGCUUCACAUGAAGUAAUGGUCUGGUUCGCGCAGUUCGGGAACGCUGCACAAGUCAUUGGACAAGACGCUGGUGUAGUUGCGACCAAAGUGUUGAAUGGGACUACCUUCGACCUAUAUACAGGUCAGAACGACAAGCAGCAGUAUGUUCUGACGUGGGUUACGAGCGACUCUACGAGCGCUUCUACGAGCGCUUCUACGAGGCGCGCGAAGACUACGGACACGUUCACCGGUGAUCUCUUGCCUCUGAUCACCGAUCUAUACACCAUGAGCGGGGCCGUUUACCCGUCAAAAUCCGACUACGUCGGUAUCCUCCAGUUCGGUACCGAGGCCUUCUCAUCAAGUACGAAUGUCACAUUUUGGGCACCCAAAUUCUCAGUAGAUAUACAAUGA